AGGAGACACACCAAGCUGAAAUACAGAGCCGUCGGUUAUCGUUGGCCGCUAGAGGAUUGGAAGGGGUGGUGGAUGCGGCACGGAGGAGGGGCAGCGUGGCCCAACCAGCCGGCGUUACAGUCCGCGUUGCGACCCUUCAUCGAUGCGAAGCUGCAGGAGAUGGGAGUCCUCGGGAACGAGCUGAUCACGCUGAGGAGUGCAGAAGACCCUGACCGGCUAGCUGGGCUGCUUAUCUCUCCAAGGGGUCUGUCGAAGGAAACGCCGCGGGAAGAAAAGAUGGAGCGGGAUUCGGACCGACGGAUGAAGGAGAUGUUGGAGAGGGUAGGGGUCACGGGUUUGGAAUGGUGUAGCCUCAAGUUCUACGGGGCAAGGCAUAAAUAGAGGACCAGAGCAGGCAAAGAUGGACAUCAUGCAGUCAUCAUGGCGGCCACCGGCCUACCCAUACCCCCUCAUCAUACUGUGCUGAGAUCGCUUUAUCUGCCUGACCAGCAGCCUUUCAUCGAUCUUGGCCUACACAUGAAGAUGUUCCACGAUCGGGUUGGAGUAAACCGUUCCCACGAGUCGAGCUUGUACGGUCCCAUCAAUACCAUGUUAACGAGGAUCUAUUGGAUCAGGUUUGGGAGGAGAACGCUGGUCAAGCCACAGGGUGCCUUACGGCUGGCGUACACUCAAGAAGAGUUCAACCGACUCAUGGCAGCAGCGGAUGGAGCAGAUGCGAGCAUAGUGGCUGCGCCGGUGGUCGACAAGGGAGAGCGGGAGAAGUUUCUCCGGAAGUUGACGAACAAAGAUUCGCUGGGUGGGCUGUCAACGAAUUUUCUGAUUCGCUAUCCGGACUUCCUGGGGUGUGAGCUGCGGGAGCUGAGUACGGGAGACAUCCUUCAAAUGCUUCGGAUCAUCAUUGAAGUGAAGAAAGACGAGCGCAAGCUAUCCUCAGCGUUAACACAGACAUCGGAAUACCACCGACGUGCACUUUUGAAGCGGCACUCGAAGCAUUAUCUGACCAUCCUUAUAUGUGGGAUCUACACGAUCAUCUGGACGCGUAGUUUGCCUUCCGCCGAGGUAGUGAUCGACUCGCGGGACGUGAAGACGGUGCUUCGCUUCAUCAUGUACACGACCAACGGCGAAGAUGUGCAAAGUGCGCUGCCUACGCACCACGCGGUGGCGCUGCCGAUCGAGGACGACGAGUUCAUGCCGGACGAGGACUCAGACGAGGACUCAGACGAAGGCGAGAGUGGGAGCGGCAGCGAGGAAUAUGAAUAUGAGACUGAGGAAGACAGCGAGUAGUUGAAGAUUGUAGUUGUACGACGCCAGAUGUAACAUAGGGUAUGAAUGAAAGGACGAAACGGUAGACAAAUAAUUUUGCUGGAUGAAAGGAAGGAAGGAAGCUGGAUCAUGGACGCAGGAUGCGUGCCUCCUGCCUUAAGUC